AUGGUGUCGGCUCCGCUGCUUCUCACCUUCGCCCUUCUCAUCUCACAAUGCGACGGGCAGGAGCCGCAAGACGCCCAGACGGAGCUUUGGGUGGAGCUCGAGCAGCCCAACACCCGCGGAGGCAACGAAACUGACCUGGACGACGAAGAACAACGGGAUCAGCCGAGUAAGGGGAAAGAAAGAGGGCAGACAGGCAGACUGACAAUGAUGUGCUUUCUGGCUGUUCUUGUUGUGGGUGUUGCAGGCGCUGUGGACGUCAUGUACGCGCAGCUGGUCAAGUCCAUCCCCGCCACAGCUCGCCGGCUCUUCAAGCCCGCCAACAUUCAGCUCGACACAGUGCUCUUUCAGCUGCACUUCCUCCACGUUGAGCAGCGGUUGUUCGACCUCCGACGGCAGGGUGUGUCGGCGGCACUCGCAAGGGACGACCCGUUCAGCGCCGAGAGCGGCGCGAUGCGGCUGCUCCUCGGCCCGUCAUUUCAGCAAUGGCGGGGCCUCUUCCGCAACGAGACCACGCUGCGACAGUUUGCCCAAGACACCGCCACGCAGGUGUCCUCCGAAGGCAUUGUUGUGGACAUGACCAUCGACGAGUCGCGGCUGGAACCGGGCGGCAUCGGCGGCCUCAUCUUGAAGCUCACUUCUCUGGGUCUCACGGGCAUCAAACACUUUCGACACAUUGUGUCGGCGAGGCUGCCAGUCGAAAAAAUCGACUUCAUGACCAGGAUCUCCGGAAUUCUUGUGCUCCGCGCGUCACAAGUGUUGGUCAUCCCUACAGGGUUGGAGGGGCGGCUCAGAAGCCUGCCGCAGCGGCAGAAAGGUUCAGUGGCGGUGCCUUUGGCGGGUAAGGUGACGAGUCAGGGGGACGAGUCGAUGCGGACCGACCGGGUGCGAGAAAUGUUCCCUGACAUCAACGGGUCAACGCUCACGUGUACGAAAGAGAGUUGACACACAACAGCACAGCACAGCUCGUGUAUGUGUGUGUGCGGCUGGGCUGCUUUGUGUCCUGUCAGGUAUCGGUUUCCUAUCGGACUCCUUUGACACUCGUGGCAAUGCGGAGACUCUGUUCGAACAGGGGGACCUGCCGGCGAAUGUGACGGUGUUGGAAGAACUGCCGGGGAAUGGCACCGACGAGGUGAGCAGUGAGACAGACCGCCAUGAGCUAUCCAUCCAUCCAUCCGACCACACAACACAUGUGGUUUGCUUCUGUGCGUCUGUCUGUCAGGGAAGCGGCAUGAUGGAGCUGGCGUACGUGACGACACAACGACCAGACCAGACCAGCGGCCGCACACAGACAGGCAGACAGACGAGCCCUCUCGAUGAAUGUCUGUCUUUUGCUGCCAUUGUCAGUUUCGACGUGGUCCCUGGCUGCCCGAAAUUCGAAUUUCACACGGUAUGUGGUCACAGGCCAGCAGCAGCCUUGCCUUUCCGGACAUGAGAGAGUGGAUAUAUGUGUGUGUGCCGCAGGCAUUUCUCGGACAGGUAAGGUGAUGGAAUGAAUGCUGCUGAUACCCAUUCACCUGAGACGUACCACGUACUCUGUUGUCUCUCGUUCGCAGGCUAGUUUCGCCCAAGGUCGGUAGCAGAGGCCGAGCUAUCCAUCCAUCCAUCUAGAUGCGUGUGUGUGUGUGUGUGUCUGUGUCCCAGGCAUUUUGGACCUGGCCGAGCUCGGCUGCGAGGUGAUCGUCGAUGACGUCAUCGACUUGCCAGAGCCGAUGUUUGCCGACGGUCGCCCAAAUGCACCGACACUGACACAACAGCACACGGCACACAACACUGUUAUGUCUGUUGUGUCAUGUCAGGCGUAAGGGCACCAACACCGACACUGACCGCAGCUCAGCAAGGGUGUGCGUGUAUCUGUGUCGGUGUCGCUCUUGCCUUCAUCAGAUCAUAGCCCAGGCGGUGGAUCUGGUGUCUGCGGCAGGGAAGGCCUACUAUUCCUCGGCCGGCAACAACGGCGACUCGGCCAUACAAGAGUACUACAACUCAUCGGGCGUCAGGAACAACAUCAGCUUCGGCUUUUGUAGGCCAUCUCGAUAGUCAGCGAACCAAAAUGGCCGACUGAUUGUGUGUGUGAUGCUGUCUGUCAGUUGAGUUGGAGUACGAGUGGCACAAGUUCAGCCAGACCGACUCCAUCGACUUCCCAUUUACCCUCGAGGUCGACAGGCUCAAUUUCGGCAUCCUCAACUGGGACCAACGCGUAAGAGACAGACGCAUGUGCUUGAGCUGACGCACUCACUAUUCGGCCAAUUUUCUGCCCUGUGCUGUGCUGUUGUGUGAUGUCCUACGUGUGUGUGUCUGCGUCAUGAAUCGACCGAUGGGCAGUAUGCCAGUGUCUUUGGUAAGGUCAGCUGCGUGGCCAGCAUGCAGGCAGUCGUCGUGUAUUUUUUCUCCUUUGCUUCCAUGCCACGCAGGCCUCCCGGGCAAACUCUGCGACCUUGACAUCUUCAUCUUCACCGAGUGAAUCAGCCAGCCAGCCGUCGCCAUGGCUGAACGAUCACGUGAAUGGUAUGGCUUUCGUUCAGAGAGUCGGUCAAGGACUUGGUACCCAUUACGGCCAGCUUCGAAGGGGCGGGCGGCGUAGACUUCAUCGAGAGGGGAGACCCUAUAGAAGUCAUCUUCUUCACGGUAGGUGGCAGACGAAAACGGAAUUGACUGAUUGGUUGUGCCUGUUGGUGUGGUGCCACGGUGGGUCAGAAUCCCGGCCCCGGCGAGAAUCUCGUGCUUCGCAUCGGCAAGCUGAUCCCCGCCGGGUGAGUGAGUGAGUGGCAUGACGCAAGACACCCAUAGGUGCCUGUCUGCCUGCCUACAGGGUGGAGGAGCCACCACCCGAUCCAGAUUAUAUUGGGCUGGUCUGGUUCAGAAGGACCACAAGUGAGCUCCCGGCCACCCAACCACAGUGUGUAUCGGAUUGUGUGUCCAAUUGGCUGGCCAGUCGGACUCAUUGAGCCUGAUUUCUUCGGAAACACCACAUACGGGUAAUCUGCACACAGACACACUGGAGAUUGGUGUCUCUGUGUGUCUAUAUGUGUGUGUGUGUGUGUGGGUCAGUCAUUCCAACGCCCGCACUGCGACGGCUGUCGGUGCAGCUGAGUACCUAAACACCACUGAAUUUGGCACGGUACCAUCGCGAGUCAAUGACUUCUCGUCGAGAGGUGCGGUGCGUCGAUUGUGCUGUGCAGUGCACGCCACGCAGCGGCCGGAUGGAUGCCAUGCCUGUGUAUGUGUGUGUGUAUGUGUGUGGACUGCACUGCGUGCAGGGGGGGUGCUUAUUUGGUUUGGCCCCGAUGGGGAGAAGCUCGAGCAGCCAGAAAUACGCCUGAAGCCCAACGUCUGCGGACCAGGUGAUGUGAUGUGAUGCGAUGUGACUGACACACAUACAAGACACGCUUAAUGGACCUCCAUUGCUGGCAAUAGAGCCCUUUGCCGUCGGUGACCUCCAUUGCUGGCAAUGGACCUCCAUUGCUGGCAACAGAGGCCCAUUGCUGGCAAUGCAGUUCCAUUGCUGGCAAUGCAGUUCCAUUGCUGGCAAUGAAGGGCUAUUCCCAGCAAUAGACCCUAUUGCUGGGCAAUAUUAUGGGUCUAUUGCUGGGAAUAGCCCUUCAUUGCCAGCAAUGGAACUGCAUUGCCAGCAAUGGGCCUCUGUUGCCAGCAAUGGAGGUCCAUUGCCAGCAAUGGAGGUCACCGACGGCAAAGGGCUCCAUUGCCAGCAAUGGAGGUCCAUUAAGCGUGUCUUGUAGCACACAUCACCCACCCCACCCGUCAUCUCAUCUGCCCUCAUGGCUCCUGCUGUGUGUGUGUGUGUUUUUGUGUGUGUAUCCCCAACUUAAGACGGCGCCAACACCAAUUUCUUCCCGCCAGUGAACAGGGAGGAGAGAGACCGAGAGGGCGAUGGGUGAGCCAGACAGCAAGGAAGAACCACAUGCGCGCUGUCUGACGGUUGUGUGCGGGUCGGCGGAUGGGUGUGUGUGUGUGUGGCUGAAGGUUCCCCAACUUCUUCGGUACGUCGGCUUCGGCGCCUCAUGUGGCGGCGCUGGCGGGGUUGAUCAUCGACAGACAACGCGUGAGGAAUGAGCCAGCUCUCACGCCAGAGCAGAUCACGCGCCUCCUGGAAUCGACGGCAGAAGACAUGCAGGGUGUGCAAUGCAAUGGAGGCGCACACACACAAUGAACGAACGCAUCGGUGCCCGUUGGCUGUGAAUCCCUCCCUGGUGCAGACAUAGUGGUGCUCGAAGACUCGGAGGGCUUCGAUUUCAGAACAGGUGUGGACGAUACGAAUCAAUUUCAGACAGGCGUGUCUCACUCCCCGAAUGGAUUGGAUGGCCGAGUGCGUGUGUGUGUUGUUCAGGGUUUGGCUUCGUCAACGGAACCAAAGCGUUCGAGGCGCUUGAGGGCAUCUGGGCCCCACGGCCCCCACACAGCUUUCCGAUCCAGCUAUAACAAUUGAGGCUACCAGGUCCACUCCACCACGCCGACACACACCUCACGUCACCUCACACACACGUGCAGCGAUGUAAUGCGAUGUGUGUUGUGUAUCGCUGUGCAGAUGGUUCUCUGUCUAAUUACUGACUGUCUGUGGCUGACAGCGAGAGAGAAGUCUUUUUGAGUCUCGACCCGUUCGUGUCUCAUCCGUCCGUCCCCCUUCCCGAUGUGAUGUGCCUGGGCGUUCCUUCCGGCGUUUACGUAAAAUAAGUGUGUGUUUGUGUGUGUGGAAGGGGCGGUGGGUAUCGUUGUGGAUUUUGUAGCUGUCUGCACCGGCCGAGUGUAUCGUUAAGGCAAAACAUCUUUUGUACAUCCAUCCAUCCAUGAGAGGGGGCUGUGUCUGUCUGUGUGGGUGGCCAUGGGUGGGUGUCGUUGCGUGCAAACAGAGAAUGCCCAACCGUGUGCACGUGUCCUGUGUUGUGCAGCAGCGCGGCUGUGUUCUCAUCUCAACCGUCUCAUCUUUGUCCUUUGUGCAGCUUAUGUGUGAU